AUGCCACGACACAGUUCGCACUUCCCAGCGAUGCCAAUUCGUGCCGGGGAUCCGGAUGGGAGUCUUCAACGCCGUGUGUCGGCGGCAUGGGAUGGAGACGCAGCCAAUGGGAGGCGUGGCCAACCACGGUGGGCGACGCGAGAACGCGAAGAAGUUGCAGGUGUGACUGCUGUUAUGACGCAGCUCCGCCCCAGCCUGGCGGAGCAGAUCCGUCGUGCCACGUGGGUGGCCGAGUCGGAGGAGCUGAGCACACAAAGGCGACAGCUGCAAGAGGACUUAAGCUUGGUGAAAGAUCUCAUGGCACAGCAGCAGCAGCAGCAGGUGCAAAGCCUAGAGGAUCUAUGGCAACUGCAGGUCUCCAUGGAGCGUACCACGCUGAAGGCAGAUGCUGCUGAACAGGAGCAGCAGAGGGUGGCACAAGCGCUGCGCGGCGAGAUGACGCUGUGCCGCGAAGGUCAACAGGACCUGGCUCGGCAGCUGUUGGCCAAGAUGGCUGAGCUGAACCAGAAGUUGGGUGCCAACAUGGCGCAGCUCGAGGAUGAAGUCACACGACGUGAACACGAGGCCGAAGACACGCGUCGCAGUCAUUUUGAGGCUCUUCAGCAAGAAUGCCGCGAAGCACUGCAGGAAGGACGGCUCGCGGGGAAGAAAGCAGAAGCCUGUGAAGAGGAAUUGGCUGAAAAGACCAAAAGUGUGGCUGCGGAAGUGAAGAGGCACUUCAGCGCGGUGGUGGAGACCCGGGCAGCCGUGACGGCCAUGAGGAGAGAGCUUCAGGGGCAACAGGUUUGCAGUGGAUGCAAAGAGCUUCAGAAUGAUUUGAAGCAGAUAGGUGCUUGGUCCACUUGGUUGACCGAGAUCUUGGGCCUUCCUGGCUGGCCGGCUGGGCGCGAGCCGGAGCCCUACGAGGCACCAUGGACAAGCCAGCUUGCUCAGCAGCAAGAGGAGCUGAAGAAACAUGACGCGGAACUGCAGUCACAGAGGACUUUGCUGGAGAAUUUGCUCACGCAGAUGAAGGAGGUUAAGACCUCGGAACAGCAACGACAGGCUUCCACUGAGGCAAUGGAGGCCAUGGCAGCGAAGCAAAGCUCCAGCCUGCACAGCUUACGGCAAAAGUUGGCCAAGGAACGGAAAGAUGAAGCAGCACGACGUGCCAGUUGUGAGGAGGAGUUCUCCAAGUUGCGCGGGCAAAUCGAGCAGGACUUGCUGGACUUGCGAAAGGCGCAGGCUGAAAACUCCGUGGCUCAGGCAGCAGCAGUGGAAGAGAAGCAGCAGGCGUUGCUGCGGCACUGUCGCGCCUGGGCCAGCGACGCAAGCGAGGUUGCCAAGGAUGCCUUAGAUGAACGGAUGCAGCAGGUUCCGGGGAAGUUGGACCAGAGGGACUUUGUGCCACCUGUUAUGCCAAGGCAGAACAGAAAGAACUUGAACAGAAGGCCGGGAAGGCCGUCCAGCCCACUGCGACGAAAGUCUGCUCCAGUUCCUGAACCUGCAGAACCUCCUCGCAAGAAGAGUGGACCAAAGGAUGUUGAUGUUGAUGACGGCUCGGGUGGAUUCUGGGAGUCUGACCCUGUGACUCCUGUGGCACAUGCCAACGUCAAUGCCGGCGAUGUCACCGCUGAUGUCAACGUCAAUGCCCAUCCGAAUUUUUGCCAGCGGUACUACUGCUCCACGGCAUGUCAGGUGAAGGAUUGGAACUUGGGACACAAAGGCGACUGUGGCCUGGCGGACCUUGAUAUGUCAACCCCUGUACCGCGACCACCCCUACGGCUGCUGGCCGAGUCGGUCGAAAGGCCGGUGCAUAGCGAUGCCAGUUGGCGGAAGAUCUUGGACAGCUCGGACUUUGGCCCCAAAAACGGCUGGCCACGGGGCUUGCGCAAUGUCGCCAACUGCUGCUACAUGAAUGCUUUGCUUCAGAGCCUCUACCACAGCGUGCCGCUGUUGCAUGGCGCCCUGAAGCAACACAGCUGCGAGAGGUGGUGCCCUGAUCUCGGCAGGCAAAGUGCUGAUCCUGCGCCGGCGCCGCCCUGUUUUCGCUGCAACCUGGCGGCGUUGAGCGAGUCCCACCUGGCCAACGACGCGGCACGCGAAAUUGAAACGGACUGGAAGUUGGAGGAUGUGGUUGAGCUUCACAGCCUGAAAGCUGAGCAGCUGAAUGGCAAGACCGGCAUGGUGACAGAGAUCCUUCCCACCAGCGAGGGGCAAGAGGCUCGCUUGGGUGUACUGCUUCCGGGCAAAGCUUCGCCGUUGUCCAUCAAGACGCAAAACAUGCGUUUCCUCUACAACCGCACGGAGGUGCCUUUGCCGCCCUACGAGGUCUUGCGAUGGCUGCCCCGUCUAAGCGAAGAGUUUACCUUCGGUGCUCAAGAGGACGCGCACGAGUUCUUCAAUAGCCUGCUUCGACUGCUCGAGGACGAAGAGUUGAAAGAGCACGCCGGGCGGCUGCAGGACUCCUCCGAGGCUUUGGAGCCGAAUGCGGAUCUCACAGCGCUGCCCAGUCGGAUUUUUGGUGGAUUGUUGGUGUCGCAAUGCACCUGCACUCGCAGGGAAUGCGCCACCAGCAGCUUUUCCUUCGAACCCUUCCGGGACUUGUCGUUGGAGAUCACGGAGGCCACCCAGACCUUGGAUGACAUGCUGAAGCUCUUCACGGCGCCCGAACGUUUGGAUAAGCAGAACUCCUGGAAGUGUGAGGCGUGCUCCGAAGUGGUGCGAGCUCGCAAGCAGAUGAUGAUCUACCAAGCGCCCAACUUUCUGGUGCUGCAUCUGAAGCGAUUCCGCUUCAUGGAACGCGGCAAGGUCGUGAAGAUUGUGCCCUUCCCACCUGUCCUGAACCUGCGACCCUACUUGUGCAAAGGUGCACAGGGUGAAGGUCGACCGGUGAACUACGAUUUGCGCGCGGUCAUCGUGCACGUGGACAAGGCGGGCUAUUCCCACUUUGGGCACUACAUCGCCUUUGUGAAGGGCGCCACGCAUCGAAAAGGCGUUUUCCGAUGGUUCCUGAUCGACGAUAGCAUCAUUCAGGAAGUCGAGGAAGAGUUUGUGCUUCGACAGCAAGCCUAUCUCUUGUUCUACAUCCGCAUCAGUGGUGGCAGUGAA